AUGACCGUAGUAAGAAUUGACCAUGACUCUCUCCAGGUUGACAAACAUUUGAUGCACGAAACUCUCAAGGCAUACAUCGACGGAAAGAUCCAUCCGCUGAUAACGAGCCGCGUCUGGCCGCGCAUUCUGGUCUGUGGCCACUAUGCUCGAAGUGCUCCCAAUGUACAUAUUUCACCCACUGAGAAACGAGAAAAACGAUUUAAUUGGCAUCGACCAAUAGCGGUUAUCGUCAACGAUUUGACCCUGGAGAUCAGGUGUUUCCCUGGACGAGACUACGUGCAACAUUACGCCCUCCUCAUCGCAUACCACCUUAACUUGAACUCGAUCAAGGCACCUGCCUCAGUGGUAGAAUAUCUUCUACCUUCUUCAGAAGCUUGUAUGAAUAUUCUCUUGCAGUCAAAUCUGCGAUUCAUGGGCCCUGUCCACACCGUCAUCCUCGGGUAUGUGGAUCAUCUGGCCACCAAUGAGGAUUAUAUCUGGGAAACAGGGACAGACAUCCCGGAUCAGUUAUUCGCAUGGAAACGCUUUCACUUGGCUGAUGGAAGUGUUGUUGCCUUCGUGGGAAGCAUGAUGAGCCUUUGGGGCGAUAUCAUCGGAAAUGCCGUUCGCACAAUGCGAACCCAGAACAACAUAUCCAGUGUUCUUUACGUGGGCAAGGCAGGCUCAUUGCGAACCCAAGAUGUGCCAAAUCAGGUGCUAGUGACUGGUGAAUUGAGUCGCAUGGAUGGCAAACUUCUUUCCUGGGAAAGCCCUCUCAAUCCGAUACUAUCGACAAUGGAAAUCGCACACCUUUGCCAGGGGAUUCAGGUUACGGUGCCAAGCCCCUUGGUCGAAACUGAGGAUUGGUUGGCCAACAACAAGCAAGAUGCAGAUUGGGUGGACUGCGAGGUCGGUUACCUGGCAGAAGCCUGCCAAGACAACAAUAUUCGAUUCGGAAAGGAGGUCCAGCUUAUGAGCUCCGGCAGCUUUGAGCUCUUGAGGAAGGUUAUGGACGACGACGAGGUUCUAAAGCAUAUGCUCCAAAUUGAACUCCAGCAACGCACUAUCCGUGUCGGAGAAGUUCAAGUGAAGGAUGAUUCCGUGGGCCAGAUUGGUGACAAUGUUGAGUUGGCGAGCCAGGCAAGUAACAUCGAAACCAAAGUCGUCGGCGGAUCCGGUCAUGCCAUUUGCAUAUUGCAUGCUUUUGUGACCACCAGCACCGCUUAUACGUGCCUAGAUAUGCCAACAGAGUUUGGAUCUCCCAUCUAUGAAGGACAUCAGUCAGGCUUUGAUUCAUCCGCCGUUGCAAUUCUACGAGCUGCAGGGGCUCUCAUCUUCGGCAAGACCACCACGACAGAGUUCACCGUGACCAACUCGGGACCAAGCACCACUAAUCUUCAUGAUCCCAAUCGCACCCCAGGCGGUUCUUCGUGCGGGUCUGCGGCGGCAGUAGCCGACUACCAAAUCCCGCUCAGCCUUGGAUCACAGACUGGUGGGAGUGUUAUUCGCCCGGCAUCAUUCACUGGAGUGUUCGCUAUGAAGCCAAUCUACAAUGCCAUUUUACUGGAAGGCCAAAAGACCUUCGCACCUACCUUUGACACAUUGGGGUUCUUUGCUCGUAGUGUUGAAGAUCUACAGCUACUUGCCGAUGUUUUUGCCCUCACAGACGACGGGCCCCCAAGAGAUAUCCCGCUGGAAGAUCUAUCCGUUGCUUUGUUGAAGACUCCGAUGUGGCCUCAAGCCGGACCUAGCCCUGUAGCAGCCAUGGAAAAGGCUGCCGCCAUUCUCCAAAACAGGGGCACACAGGUUGCAGAAGUCUCCUUCUCACCUGAGGUCAACGAUCGUGUUGCUCUGGGACGAAUGCAGAAAGUGAUCCUCAACGGCGAAGCCCAUGCGUCUUUUUUCAGGGAGUAUCGGGGGGACAAGGCAAAUCUCGCCGCGGAAAUUCGAGGCCUCGUCGAAAACAACGGCAACUACACCAAAAAGGAGAGGAUGGAAGCCUUUGAUGCCCACGCUAGAAUGCGUGAGACAGUGAGCAAUCUAGCUGGGAACUACUCAGUCAUCCUUGCGCCUAGUGCCGUGGACGAAGCGCCCCUCGGGCUUGGCGAUAUGGGCACUGCAACUUUCAAUACUCUGUAG